AUGUGUAUCCAAGGCCAAACUUAUCAGAGGAUAAAUAAUGACGUGGCCGUUGACCGAGUAGAUGCCAACUACUGUCAGUUGUAUUUCCUCGAGUCCGCAGAGGCCAACGCCCGCCGCGUUGGGAUGGCUCUGCAGAGAAAUCAUCGUGAACUGUCCGUAGUUGUGAUGGGACUAUUGGACGGUUUUCUGCGGGACGUAAAUCCGAACAUGCGUGAGGUGUGGCUGGCAGAAAGAGACCUAGCCGACGCCGAUCCCGCAGGUGUGCGACCUAGGCCAGUGACGAUGUAUUUUGUCCGAGAUGCGGCCCGGGACGACGGGCGAAACAACCUGCCUACCGCAAACGAAGUUGCGGCCGUGUUCGUAGGCGAAGGGGGUCGUCCGCCAAGAGACAUUAAUCUGGUCAUCUACGAUACGAAUCCAAUCAACCCGCAACACAGGAUGCAAACCAUACCAGCGGGGUCGUGUCACUCGGAUCCGAUGUUGUAUCCGCUGUUUUUCCCGUACGGCGAGGCCGGUUGGCAUAACGUGAUGUUGCAAGCGGGCAACCGACGAAACAAUGUCCGCAAUCGCAACAGUAUCAGAGAGUUUGCGUCCUACCGUUUGGCUGUUAGAUAUCAGGGAAAUAACGACCAAAGGCAUGAACUGUUUAGUUUAUUACAUCAAGGUCGGUUCUUGUUGCAGAUGUAUGUGUGCGACCAGUAUGUUCGAAUGGAGUCGAACAAUCUGAACUACAAACGUUUUCACCAGAGGGAUCUCCUCGCCGAAGCGUAUCAAGGGCUCAAGGACCAUGUGAACCAACAGCUCCACAUCGAUCCCAUGGCGGUCGGGCGUAGGGUCAUAUUGCCGUCGACGUUCACGGGUAGCGAUCGAUUCAACAAGAUGAAUUAUCAAGACGCCAUCACCAUAGUGCGUACCAAAGGGAAACCCGACCUGUUCAUAACGUUUACGUGCAAUCCCAGCUGGCCAGAGAUCACUGAAAACCUGGCUGCCCACAGCACGGCAAGCGACAGGCCGGACCUGGUGGCCAGAGUGUUCAACAGUAAGCUACAGGAGCUAAUAGGUGACAUAACUGUACAUCGUGUGUUUGGUAAUGUCAGCGCUUACGUGUACACUAUCGAGUUUCAGAAACGUGGUCUGCCCCAUGCGCAUAUACUGAUAAUCCUGGCGGAGGACUGUAAGUUCCGCACAGCCGAGGACGUGGACGACGUGGUUUGCGCCUUCUUGCCGGACCCCGCAAUCGACAGGCGCUUACACGACUGCGUCAAGUCUCACAUGAUCCACGGGCCGUGUGGAACAGUCAAUCCACAGUGUCCGUGCAUGGUGGACAACAAAUGCUCCAAAGAUUUCCCGAAAGCGUACGCAGAGGAGACUGUGUACGUUGCGGACGGCGGACAUCCAAAGUACCGCCGACCGGAUGACGGCCGGGUGGUACUUAUGAGAGGUCGUGAGGUUGGUAACGAGUGUGUAGUGUCAUACAACCCUUAUCUUCUGGCCAAGUAUGACGCACACAUCAACGUCGAGAUAUGCACGUCCAUAAAGAGUGUCAUGUAUAUCUACAAGUAUAUAUACAAGUGA